AUGGACAGUUUCGGAAGGUUUGCUUCUUCAGGUCUCAGGGGACUCUUCUUUCGUCUGGCUCACCUCUUGUGGAAGGAAGUGUCUCUGGAUCCCUAUGAAAGUCUGACUGAAGUUCAAGUUUUGGUCGUGCCAGAAAACCCCUCCGGAGAGGAGUCCCUGAAUUUGGGACAAUAUGUCGCCAACUGGAGAAGACGUCGUCCUCAAAGUAGGCAGGAUCCCAUAUUUCCAAAAUCUGCACUCACCACUUCCUCUCUACCUCUUCUGAGCUGUGGCCUCGUAGCCUUGCCCUACACGGUCGAGUUGAAUAUUCCACCUUUUGGCCUCCUUCAUGCUCCAUUCACCAUCUCCUACACCCUUGAAAACAAAACCCCUCUUCCUCAGGAGCUUAAUUUACAAUUGGAAUCAACUGAGAGUUUUGCAUUCUGCGGUGUUCAGCUGUCUUCUCUUCGACUCUUGCCAAAUUCAUCGAGGAAAUUGGACUUCACUCUAUUGCCACUUCGCACCGGUUACCUUCAGCUUCCUAGGUAA